CGUACCUUCUCAAAAGUUUUGUAUUAAAAAAAAAAAAUACUCUUUCUCUAACUUCACUCACAUACAAACUACAAACUCUUAUCCUUUUUCCUCUCUUCUUCUCUGUUCCUCUUGAGAUCUCAUAGCCAUGGGCUGCUGUUUCAGCAAGAGGAGUAGCCCUUCUCCUCCUCUUCCAGCUCCCAAUCCCAUUUCCAUUGAUGUCUCUCAUGUCAAGCAUGUGGUGGAGAAGAAGGAGAAGGAGGAGAAGGAGAAGGAGGUAGUGGUUGUAGCUCAAAGCCAGCAAGGUUUUGAGGUAAAGGAACAAGUAGUCACUACUGUGGAGAAGAAGAAAGCAGAACCAGUGGUGGUGGUGGUGGAGGAGAAGAGACCAUUGCCAUUGAGGACUUCAAGCUGUACUAAAGAAGAGGUUGAUGCCAUUUUGAUUCAAUGUGGGAGGCUUAGCAGGAGUUCAUCUGGGAAAACAUCUAAUGAAAUUGGAGGAGGUGGUAGGAAGUACUCUGGAUCAAAGAGAAGUUAUGAUUUUGAUGAGGAGAGGAGGAAAGGGGGAGGAAGAGAGGAGGAGGAGGAAGAAGAAGAGGAGAAGCCUGUUUCUAGGCCUUCUCCGAGGAGGAGAACUCCGGGGAGGGAGAGGUCUGGGAGUCGAGAGAGAGAUAAGAGAGUUAGUCGGUCUCCGGGGAGACGUUCAGAGUGUCCGGCUUCUGGUUCUUCAGGUGGAUUUAAUGGUGGUGAUAGAGUGAAGCAGCCAGGGAAAAUGGUUUCUGUUCCUCCUCUUGAAAAAGGUGUUGUGGUUUUUGCUAAUAAACGGAGUGCGUCGCCGGGCUCUCGUUGUUCGAUGGGGAACAAUGGAAGAACAUCCAAUGAGAAUGCUCAUUCUUCUCAGCCUCAGUCUUUGAGUAGGAGCUCUUCGAAAAAGGCAGAGCAAUCACCUUAUCGGAGAAACCCGAUGACUGAAAUCGAUGAUAAUUCUCUUCGGAGAGAUCAGCCUGGAUUUAGGAGCAAAGGGAUGAAGCUUAGAGAAGGGGAAGAGGUUGUGAGAAAGCCAAUUCAAGCACAAACACAGAGAAAUGGUGGAGAUGUAUCAAAUUGUAUCAAGGAUUGUGUUAGAGACCAGCUGAUGAGUUGCAGAGGCAAAGAGCAGCAACAAGAGCAAAGAAAAGAAGGUGUCGAAGAGAAAGGGGCAUCAAAUAGCAUUGUCGAGAUACCUGGAACCAUAACAAGAACAAGAUCAUCAAGGAGGUCUUCAAGAGAUCUAGACCACAACCCAAUGACAUAUGCUUCAUUGUUGCUUGAAGAUAUCCAGAAUUAUCACCAGCAAAACAACACCACUGCAUUCUCUCUUCCUCCUUGUGUCUCCAAAGCUUGUUCCAUACUUGAAGCAGUGGCUGAUCUCAACUCAUCCUUCUCUGAUAACAAGAGUUAUAUUGAUGGAGACCAGCAGUCUAACAAUGACAAUGGCAAUGGAAAGAGAGUUUUGUUGGCAAGAGAACCAUUUGUGGAGUCUGAAAUACAAGUUAAGGAUGAUCUAAUGGAGCCAAGUCUCCAUAAGUAUGUUACAGUGAGGGAGUUAGGAGUGGAACUGGAACCACAAGAGUCAGCAGGAAGCAAUAGUUUUAUUGGCCACACUUGGUCUUCUCCAUUGGAGCCAAAUUCAGUUGAUUCUAAGGACCAGAGCUGGAGUACUUCAAGAUCUACUAACUACAAAGAGGUAAAGGAAGCGGAGUUCAGUCCUGUUAGUUACAACUGCAACAACAAUAACAACUCUCAGUCUGGGAAACAGCAAAAGACGAUAUCAGAUGCUAGGGAAAGGCGGUCGAGGGGUGGUUCGAGUAACUUAUCUAAUGCUUCGAGGAAGCGAGAGCUUCAAAGUAGUGGUAAGGUUAGUGCAAGAGUAUCUGGUCUUCAUUCUGCUGAUUCUGCUGCUACUGCUGCUACUGCUGCAGCUAAUUCUUGAGAAGUUUGGGAUGGUUGCAAACUUUGCAAAAUUUGGAUGUGGUUUCUGUUAUGGUUGAAUACAUUGUUCAAAAUGUUGGUCUGGGAUGGUUGCAAACUUUGCAAAAUUUAGAUGUGGUUUCUGUUAUGGUUGAAUACAUUGUUCAAAAUGUUGGUCAUGGUGGUUGUAUGACAAUGGCAAUGUAUACAAUGUUUCUGCUUUUCUUUUUUCAA